AUGGGCAUUCCCGCACUGUUCCGUUGGUUGAGCAAGAAAUAUCCGAAAAUUGUAUCAUCUGUCAUUGAAGCUGAGGAGGAAGUUCUCGAUGCAGCUGGAGAUCCUAUCAAACUUUCCGUUGACAUCACACAACCUAACCCCAAUGGUGAGGAAUUCGACAGCUUAUACCUGGAUAUGAACGGUAUCGUUCAUCCUUGUACUCAUCCCGAGGGCAAACCGGCUCCCGAAACGGAGGAGGAAAUGAUGCUUGAAAUUUUCAAAUACACUAACAGAGUGGUUAACAUGGUACGGCCGCGCAAACUUCUUUUCAUGGCUAUUGAUGGCGUUGCACCUCGUGCCAAGAUGAAUGAACAGCGAGGUAGACGGUUCAGGACUGCUCAAGUAGCAAAAGACAAGGCGGAAGCUCAUAAACUUGCUGUCGCUGAGUGGGAAGCUAUGGGUAAAAUUAUUACUGAUGACGAGAAAAAGAAGGAAUCUUGGGACUCUAACGCUAUCACACCCGGUACGCCGUUUAUGAACCUUUUAACAGCAUCGCUACGGUACUGGGUUGUGGAGAAGAUGAAUGCCGAUCCAGGGUGGAAAGACCUGCAAGUCAUUAUCUCGGAUGCAAGUGUGCCUGGAGAAGGAGAGCAUAAGAUUAUGGACUUCAUACGCAGACAACGCACAAAUCCCGGUCAUGAGCCUAAUACUCGACACGUAAUUUAUGGUUUGGAUGCUGAUUUCAUCAUGCUCGCCCUCGCGACCCAUGAACCAUAUUUCCGAGUACUGCGGGAAGAUGUAUUUGCCAGGACAAAGGUUCCGGGUGCCGAAUCACUGAAAUCAGAGAUUGAAAAGCCUCCUCCACCGGAAAAAAAACCGUUCAUUUUCCUCGAUAUCGCCAUUCUGCGCGAGUAUCUGGAAUCCGAGUUGAAUGUGAACAAUACGCCCUUCCCUUUUGAUUUGGAACAGGCUAUUGAUGACUGGGUGUUACUGAUAUUCUUUGUCGGCAACGAUUUCUUGCCGCAUUUGCCGUCACUUGAGAUUCGCGAAGGAGCGAUUGAUACUCUCUUGAGGAUCUGGAAGAUGGAGUUGCCCAGAAUGGGUGGAUAUCUGACGAACCACGGUCAACUAGUGCUUAGUCGUGUGCAGAUUAUAUUAGAGGGACUGGCACGACGAGAAGAUGAGAUUUCCGUAAGCGACAAGAGACUGAGCAACGCCAAGAUCAGAGGCGAAACAACGCCAGGCGAUAUUCAGUUCGCCGUUCCGUCUGCGAAACUUGGUCUGACUGCAUCCACUACAUCAUUAUCAUCUCUUCCUCAACGUGCAGAUAAUGCUUUUGCUGCCAAGGCCGACUCUAUUGGUCUCGGAGCGCCGCGUAAUGCUCAGUCUCUUGAAGUCGCUCCAGUUUCAGCGCAAGCACUGGCUGGUUCGAAUCGUGAUGUAGUUGCCAAUCGAGCUGCUAUACGGAUGGCGAACAUGAGUGCUGCAGAGAUGCUCAAGGCUGAGCUAUCUGGACUCAUUCCUGUGAAACAAACUGAUGAGCCUGUAACACCUGUCGCUGGUGUCAAGCGGAAGCUCGAAGAUAUCGAGGGAGAGGAUACCGAUGACGUGGCUGGCAUUGAUGAGGAGUCGUCUGAAGAUAACGAAGAUGCGUCUUACGCCCUGAAGCGAUACUAUCAGCAAAAGUUUGGCAUAUCAGAAAAUGAUAAUGAUUUCCACUAUGUAGAAGGUAUCGCGUGGGUUCUGCAUUACUACUGUCAAGGGAACCCCUCAUGGCAAUGGUAUUAUCCAUAUCAUUUUGCACCUUUCGCGUCGGACUUCGAAGGUUUGGAAAACAUGCAAAUCGACUUUACUCUCGGACAGCCAUUCAAACCGUACGAGCAACUUAUGGGUGUUUUUCCCCCUGCUAGUCGCAAGCACAUACCUGAAGUCUUCCACGAUCUCAUGACAAACGAAGAAUCUCCGAUUCAUGAUUUCUACCCAUCGACUUUCCAGAUCGAUAUGAAUGGGAAGAAGAUGUCUGGCAAGGGAUUGUAUGGUAAGCGCAAGGAGAAAGAGGUAUGCCGUCAAUUCGACCAGAGCCGUUUUGUUACUGACUACAAUACUCAGCCCCAACCCAUGCCUACCAACCUGUCCAAGGGCAUUAGCGGUAGUGUUUACCAAACCCCGAUUGUUUACCUGGCUCGACAUAUCAAAAAUGAUCGUUGUCUCUCCGCGUUAUACUUCUUCCCAAAGCAACUCUCUCCCCAUCGAUCGAUGUUUCUUCCAGGUUAUAAACCUGCGAGACAGCUCACUGGCGAGGAUCUAGCUCGGAGGGGCCGAGGACAUGGCAGAGGGGGCGGUAUGGAUCGCGGCGGUCGCGGACGAGGUGGUAUCAGAACGGCUCUUACAACAACGGACAUGGGGCCCCAGCAAGGAUUCGGAGGCUAUGGCUCCAGUGGACGCCACCAAUUCAACUAUGGUAUGGUUAUUCUGGAGUGCCCCUCCCUCGCGUGGAAUGCUACCAAACCGCGGUGGUCCUCCCCGUGGCGGCCCUCUCGUGACGGUAGUUCCGGGUAUGGAGGUUCUACGUCCUUAUUAACCGCUCAUCAACCGUAUGGCCGUGGAGGCUACUCUGGUGGGUACGGUGGCAGCAGUGGAGGGUAUGGUGGACAGCGAACAGUGGUACGGGGGCUACGGUGGCAGGCAAGCCGAGGUGGCUAUGGUGGUUCAGGAGGACAAGACAACAGCGGCAGUUACAUGGGUUAUGGAAACCAGAAUGGCGGACAGGCUCGUGGUGGCUAUGGAGGUGGCUACAAUGGAGGAGGUUACAGAACCUUCGAGGGGCCGAGCCGAGGAUUCUAG